AUGAAACCCAUACUUACUCGAGCUGAGGCUCAAUCAGUCCUGGGAUUUGCAAAUCUAUACAAUAAUAACUGGCGUUUGAUCGCCGACGAAAUAUAUAAAAGAAUUGGAGUGAGAAAAACUCCAAGAAUGUGGAAAGGCAUGUACGUACAAACAAGAAAAGUUUGA